UCUUAGAUUUUUCAAUCAUUUAGUUAAAAAAAAAUAAAGGUCACCCUCCCGAUUCAAAAUUUGUUUCAAAAUUUCAACGCCACCGCAAGGAGUGACGAGAACCUAUAGCAGUCCGGUCCAUUCGAAAGUGCAUAGUAUCCAAUUCCGUAAUCUUGUCCGGUUUUGAGUGCGACCACCAUGAUAACCAUAACGUAAUUCUAAAGAGGAGCGAGGGAGAGGCAAGGGAUAAGGUUUGAACGAGUGACCGACAUAUGAUCCAUGGCAUAUUCCCCCGAUCGAGUGAAAGGAGCGGAGUGAAAAGGUUCAAGAGACCUGUAUUUAUAAAGUACAACCUACCGAAGUCCUAAUUAGGUAAUCCCUAAAAUGCCUGGUCUUUAGUUAAAAACCAAACGUCAUAGCGAGAACAUAUUCAUAGAGUCGAUAGCAAGAAGGCAAAUAAUAUUUUGUGAACAAAUCAAAACCAGAAAUAAGCCAUUGCUAAAGCGAAUACUAGAAACUAGAGGUAAAACGGGAUAAGCCCAAGUUAUUAUAUAGAUAGCAAAAGAUUGCAGCGGCAUAAAGCAAGUGCUACCAGAAACGGAGGAAAGAAGGAUCUCAGCUAUAGCCCCCCUACCCCAAACCAAAUUAGUUUCUCGGGUUAGCCAGAGGCAGGGUGAGUCCCUGACAAGCAGCACCAACGGCGUCCCAGGCGGUUUCCAGAUCCGGCCCGGACAACGUAGCCGCGGCGCGCAAGACCGAGGUCAUGGGGGAGGUCCUCAACCUGGAUAGCAUCAUAUCCCGGCUGCUGGAGGUCCGUGGGGCUAGGCCCGGCAAGAAUGUCCAGUUGUCGGAGGGCGAGAUCCGCGGCCUGUGCCUCAAGUCCCGCGAGAUCCUCCUAGCCCAGCCCAUACUCCUGGAGCUGGAGGCCCCGCUGAAGAUCUGCGGCGACAUCCAUGGCCAGUACUAUGAUCUGUUGCGCCUCUUUGAGUACGGUGGCUAUCCGCCGGAAUCGAACUAUCUGUUCCUCGGCGACUACGUCGAUCGGGGCAAACAGUCGCUGGAGACCAUCUGCCUGCUGCUGGCCUACAAGAUCAAGUACUCGGAGAACUUCUUCCUGCUGCGGGGCAACCACGAAUGCGCCAGCAUCAACCGGAUCUAUGGGUUCUACGACGAGUGCAAGCGGCGAUACACGAUCAAGCUGUGGAAGACCUUUACGGACUGCUUCAACUGCCUGCCGGUGGUGGCGAUUGUUGACGAGAAGAUCUUCUGCUGCCACGGCGGCCUGAGUCCGGACCUCACUUCCAUGGAGCAGAUACGCCGCAUAAUGCGACCCACGGACGUGCCGGACCAGGGCUUGCUCUGCGAUCUGUUGUGGUCCGAUCCGGACAAGGACACCAUCGGCUGGGGCGAAAACGAUCGCGGGGUGAGCUUCACCUUUGGUGCCGAGGUGGUGGGCAAGUUCCUGCAGAAGCACGACCUCGACCUGAUCUGCCGCGCCCACCAGGUCGUCGAGGAUGGGUACGAGUUCUUUGCCAAGCGCCAGCUGGUCACCCUCUUCUCGGCGCCCAACUACUGCGGGGAAUUUGAUAACGCCGGUGCCAUGAUGUCAGUGGACGAUACGCUGAUGUGUUCCUUUCAAAUCCUCAAGCCCGUGGAGAAGCGCAAGAAGUAGACGGCCUCCAGAUCCCCGACGCUAUACCACACUAUACAUACCACCGCCACACGAACAGCGCUCUCAUCUGCAUCCACAUUCUCGCAAUCCACACGAACAUAAAUCAUGAUUACAAGACCUGCCUGUCGUCAACUGGAUCCGAGAAACGCCCCGACUUCAACUUGGAUCCCAAUGGAAUUCGAUGUACUGAUGGUUUUAAUACGCACUUUGGCUGUUUAUAAAGAAUUCUAUCGAUUUAAGUCGGUUUCGUUUUUUGGAAUAAAGUUUCAAGGAUCGUGGAGUUGAAAUAAAGGGA